GCAGGCGCGUCUUCUGCGAGCAGCAGCACCACAACCGGGAGGAGGGCGUCUCCCCUGCAGCUCUUCGUCCUCGUGCACGGUAUCGCGGGCUGCGAGGGCGAUUGGAAGAUUUGGAGGGAGCGGCUCGAGCUUCGUGGGCGCCAGGACUGGGACGUGCGCGCCUCCACCUCCAUCACCGCGGGGGCGCGGUUCUCUGGUGACGAGGUGUGGAAGUUGGGGGACGUGCUGGUGGACGAGGUGCUCGGAUGGGUCGGCGAGAUCUUCUCCCCCUGCCAGGACGCGCCGGGAGCGCACCCCCAGCCAGGCGGAGGCGCGCCCGACGACGGGCACCUCGAGACGAGCACGUCUUCGUCCUCGCUGGGCGAGGCCUCGGCGGUUCCCUCCCUGGUGCUGCACUUCGUCUGCCACUCCCUGGGCGGCGUCGUGCUCCGGGCGGCGCUGCCGGGCAUCGUCGGCGGGCUGGACGGCGACCCGCGGGUGUCCUACGGUCAGAUACUGACUCUGAACACUCCCCACCUGGGCGUCCACACCGCGAGCUGGCUCAUGUUCUGGAAGAACCUGAGCCUGCUGGUCCCGCCCGCCCUGUUCCGGCAGGUCCACCAGCUGACGCUGCAGGACGGCAGCGACAGCGAGGAUGACGAGGGGGAGGACGCGGCGGAGGGUCUGGAGGCCGCCGCGGGCGAGCAGAACGGCGCCGCGGCCGAGCUCUCCAGGCGCCCCGUCGAUGCCGGGCGCCCCCGCGCGGGCAGCCGGUGCCUGAGCCGGCUGGCCAGCCCGGGCAGCGUCGCGUGCCGC